UCAUCUCUUCUGCUUAAACCCAAUCACUGUCGUCAAUAUAUAUAUAUGCACGCACCUAUAUAUGUCCGUGUAUCUCUCUACUAUAUAUAUAGAUAAGUGUGCAUAUAUAGUUUGAGUUAGAAAUUGAUCAAAAAAUAUAUAUACGUAGUUAAACUAUAUAAUGGGUGAUCUUCAAAUCGUGCCGGUGUACAAUAAGGUGGAAGCACAGUACGUAGAAAUGAUGGUGCCUUUGUAUUCUUACGGUUGCGAGAAGAAAGUGAAGAGGGCUCUUUCUCAUCUCAAAGGAAUAUAUUCAGUGAAAGUAGACUACUACAAUCAGAAGGUGACGGUGUGGGGAAUUUGUAACAAACUUGAUGUGUUAGCAACGGUGAAAAAGAAGCGCAAAGAAGCUCGGUUUUGGAAUGUAGACGACAAUAAUGAUGAUCAAGAGAGCGUUGAUGAUGGCAUCGUCGUUAGAGAAGACACUACGAAAACUUCAUUGGACUCAAAAAAGUCAUCGGCGUUUUAUACGUAUUCCACGUCGCCUCCUAGAUUCAAUAUAAGACCUCCUUUAUCACUCAUUAGAACAUCUUCCUUCACAUGGAAAGCCGUGAAGAAGGUCUUUUCUAGAUCCCUUUCCUUUUGAAUCACGUCUAUAUGUGAGCUUAAUUAAUAAUGCUCCAAGAAACUCUCAUUGGAUCUCUUACAAUAUAUAAGAGUUUCUAGUUGAUAAGACUUUAUGUUCGCAACGUACGGAUUGAUCAUGGUAGUUCAAUGGUCACCGCUUUGUUUGUCUAUAUGUGUCAAAGAUUUAUUUUUUCCCCGGUAAAAUUAAUCAGUUCGGACAUAUGAAAGUUAGUUAA